AUGAAGACGAUACACGCUGUGGCCGCCAUGACUUUGGCAGCGGCCUCGGCCGUUCAGGCCAUGAUUACUUGUGACGCAAACAACCCCUGCCCUUCCAGUUCGCCAUGCUGCUCGUCCUACGGCUUCUGCGGUGUUGGCGCAUACUGUCUGGGAGGAUGUUACCCCAGAGACUCGUUCAGCAUGGACUCUUGCAUGCCCGCACCUGUCUGCAAGUCCUCCGACUACGACUUCAACAACAUGAAUGACUUUGUUGAAAAUACCGAUUACCUUGGAGACCCAUCCAGCGGCAACUGGGUCUUCUCUGGAGACCCGCUGAUGUACAACAACGAGGCUGUGCUGCUCACCAUGACUGAGGACUCAUCAGGCACUCUUUUGAGUAGCACACGCUAUGUGUGGUACGGCAAGAUGAGUGCUACCAUGAAGACGAGUCGAGGUGCUGGUGUCGUUACUGCUUUCAUCAUGAUGAGUGAUGUCAAGGACGAAAUCGACUUUGAGUUCAUUGGUACCGAUGUUGAGAAUGCCCAGAGCAACUACUACUUCCAAGGAAUCACUGAUUNNGUAAAUGGCAACGAGAAGAAUCUUUCCGCACCCAACACCGACUCGGAGUGGCACACUUACACCAUCGAUUGGACACCCGACUCCCUAAGCUGGGAGGUUGAUGGCCAAGUCCUUCGUACCCUCAAUCGCAAUGAGACUUAUAACGAGACCGCCGGCCAAUACCACUACCCUCAGACUCCUUCGAGAGUUCAAUUCAGUUUGUGGCCUGCUGGUAAGGCUGGCAACGCUCAAGGUACCAUCGAGUGGGCUGGUGGUGAGAUCGACUGGAAUAGUCCGUACAUGCAGAACGGCUACUACUACGCCAUGGUUAAGGACGUCGCCUACUGGUACGAGAACAAGUACGGAACCAACGACACCGUCGUCAUCGGUAAUAACAACACCAUCUUGUCCUCUUUCUACGCCACUGGCGAGGACCCUAAGAAGGGUGCCAGCUCUGCUUCGUCUGCUACUGCUACCAAGGGCGGCAACAAGUCUUCUGCUUCGUCUUCUGCGACUUCUCAACCCGAGACCAUUCCUGGUGUUUCUGGUGGUGGUUCGCGCGAGUCUGGCAGUGAUGUUGGUGGUGGCUCCUCGUCUGGCAACAGCGGAUCGUCGGGCUCUUCUGGCUCAUCAGGCUCCUCUGACUCGGGCUCUGACUCGGGAGCGGGAGCGGGAUCCAACUCUUUCUCGCAAGGUCUCGAGACGGGUAGUGGCACCAACGACGGCAACAGAGUUGUUGCAGGCAGCCUUGUUGCGCUUGUGGCCUUCUUUGCUGCUGCCAUGAUGCUGUAA